CAUUAAUAGUCACGUGGAUGCUCCGUCAUCGGGAUGCCAAAGCAAUGACGCCAUCGAACACCUUUAUAGCCAGCAUCGAUGCUUUCCCGACUCUCAUCCAUUACCCGCUACUUCACCUCCUCUGCUGCUUCACAGAACUCCCCUAACAUGUCCAUCAAGAAUUUCGUCGAGGAUACCAUAACUUCGCACAAGAUAACCGUGUUCUCCAAGUCUUACUGCCCUUAUUGUCGGCGGGCAAAGACAUUGUUCAAGGACGAGUAUCCUGAUACGGACAUCGGCGUUGUCGAGCUCGAUGAACGCGAUGACGGAAGUGAUAUCCAGGAAUACCUUCGCCAGAAGACUGGACAGGGUACCGUUCCCAACAUAUUUAUCAGUGAGCUUGCAUUUUUCAUUCCCAUCCGAGUGUAUGUGUUGACCUCGUCGACAGAUCAGCAACAUAUCGGUGGAUGUGACGAUACCAUGAGAUUGCAGAGCUCGGGAAAGCUGGCCGGUCUUAUCUCUGCAUGAAUGAACCUGUAUCAUAAUCAUACGCAUGACAGCUAGAAUGCAUUAUUUCAUCACAGGCGGCAAUUCCCGUUUCAUUCUGACCACUCACUCUCAGCGAUGAGCAAUUUCAAGUUACCACAGCUACCAAAUAUCGAAAGCCUCCGUGGAGAACUCUCAUACAAUAGA